AAACGGGAGCUGGGGGAGAACACACCACUGCUGUCGGAUGAGGAGCUGAUGGGACUGUCUGUGCGGGAGCUGAACCACCACCUGCGGGGCCUCUCCAAGGAGGAGGUGGCGAGGCUGAAGCAGCGCCGGCGGACGCUGAAGAACCGGGGUUACGCUGCCAGCUGCCGGGUGAAGCGCGUCUGCCAGAAGGAAGAGCUGCAGAAGCAGAAGAUGGAGCUGGAGUGGGAGGUGGACAAGCUGGCCCGGGAGAACGCCGCCAUGCGCCUAGAGCUUGACACCCUCCGUGGCAAGUAUGAGGCCCUGCAGGGCUUUGCCCGCACGGUAGCCGCUCAUGGGCCUCCCGCCAAGGUGGCCACCGCCAGUGUCAUCACCAUUGUCAAGUCCGGCACCAACCAGGCCGCCUACUCCUAGUGCUGGCCUCCGUCCCCCGGUCAGGCACAAUCCUCCCCGGGGAGCCUUCCCCCACGAAUUGCCUCCCACCCCCUCCCCGACCUCCUCUCUGCCGGGACCUGUGCCCAAAAUCCUUCUCCCAUCCUUUGACUUCCAGCUCCCCCAUGUAGGGAGGGCUGCCAUAGCGUGGGUGCUGGGGCAGAGGACAGGACCCCACUGGUGGCCCCCGAAGCCCCCUCCUCUCUGAGGCGUG